AUGGCUUCCUCUAGUGGGAAUUCCUCUGGUUCCACACAGCUUCAGAACUCUGGUUCUGAAGGGGACUUGCAGCAUCUGAUGGAUCAGAGAAAAAGGAAAAGAAUGCAAUCAAACCGCGAAUCGGCGAGGCGGUCCCGGAUGCGAAAGCAGCAGCACUUGGAUGAUAUGAUGGGCCAAGUGACGCAGCUGAGGAAGGAAAACAACCAAAUCUUGACCAGCAUAAACAUCACGACCCAGCACUUGAUGAAUGUUGAGGCUGAAAAUUCAGUCUUGAAGGCUCAGAUGGAAGAGCUCAGCCAAAGACUGGAGUCUCUGACUGAGAUCCUCAACUACAUCAACAGCAGCAAUGGGGUCUUUGAAACCCAUGAACCCAACACCUUUCUUCAUCAUCAUCAGGCCUCUGCUUCUGCUGAUCACAACAGUUUCAUCAACCCAUGGAAUUUGCUUUAUGUGAACCAACCCAUCAUGGCCACUGCAGACAUGCUCCAUCAAUACUAA